CCCGCGACAACGCCGGCGGCGCUUCGUCCGGCCGUCUGCGCCGCGUUGCAGUGAGCGCGUCUGCUGGCGCGGCUCGUUUCGCGAACCGUUCGUGUGUGUCAGCGAGCAGUGGCGACGUCCGUUUGCGGAGGAAAACAGAAGACAACGCGUACUAAGAUGACGAAGAUUCGGAUUGCACGAGUUGAAGACUGCAGCAAGCUUGCCGAGAUUAUGAGGGAUCGUUCAGAUAUUGCAUUUACGGACGCAGAUGUCAUUACCUCACGUCUCCAGAAAAACGGGUUUGGUGAAGAUCCUGUUUUCGAGUGCUUCGUCGCUGAGGAAGAUACUACAGCUGCUCCCGGGAUAAUCGGCUAUGCCAUGGUUUCAAGGAUCUACUCCAGUUGGGAAGGAAAAAGCUUGCGACUUGGUGACCUGUACGUCGCUCAAGACCGUAGAAGAAAAGGCAUUGGGACCGAGCUCUUGAGGAGAGUCAUGAAGGAGUGUGAAGAUCAAGGAUGCCGACGCAUCGAUUGCUGUCCACAACUGGUGAACGAGGCGCUUAUCUCCUUUUUGAAGAAACACGGAGCCAAGGACAUCAUGUCCCAAGACGGCUGGAGCUAUUACCAGCUUUCCUACGACGACAUGCAGAAACUGGCUGGACGGACGUAAAUUAAAAUCGGCGAUACAUUUGACAAAGUC